AUGGCCGAUAUCAGCUCCCUGUUCACCACCUUCAAUUGUGGGCGGCAAGAGGUCAAUGUCGACUACUUCGCAGCGUCACUCUCAGGCAGCUUCACCAAUGCCACCCUGCCGCCAGACCUGAUCGUCCUCGCCCUCCAAGAAAUUUCUCCCAUUGGAUUCGCGUUUCUGGGCGGCUCUCUGCUCACACCGUACUUCUCGAAGCUAGCAGAAGCAGUCUUCAAAUCCGUCGACGGGAGAUAUGGCAAAAAUGCAGACUACGAACAUGUCAUCACGCGUAACGCUGGAAUGACGGCGAUCAUGAUGUUUGCGAGGAAGAGCUUCAGAGACAGCAUACAACGGAUCGAGGAGGCAGACACCGGGGUGGGUGUCUGGGAGAUGGGCAACAAGGGCGCAGUCGGAAUUAGACUCGGUCUCGAAGACGAUGUGCUGCUGACCUAUGUCGCUGCCCAUCUGGCUCCUAUGGAGACGCGGUGGGAACGGAGGAAUGAGGACUGGAAAAAUAUCUGCGAAAACCUGGUCUUUGAGCCUAGUGCGGCAAGCGGCAGGAUGGCAGCAUCGUCGGAGCAGCAGCCCUUGCUUUCUCGCAGCGGGAACGAGAAUGGAGGCCACCAUACAAUUUUCUCGCCUCCAUCUUAUGUCUUCGUGGCUGGCGACUUGAAUUACCGGACUUCUGAUGUGCAGCCACAACCUAAAGACUAUGAGUCCUGGCCGCAUCCUCUGACCUCAAACCCAGACGAGGUGGACUUCAAAGAGCUGCUGACGCAAGACCAAUUGACUCGCGAGAUGGCGAACGACCAGACGCUGCAGAAUCUUGCGGAGGCGCCAAUCACGUUUGCGCCGACCUAUAACGUGCAGGCCCAGAAUUGGUUGUGGGCGAAGCAUCGGAUCCCGUCUUGGUGUGACAGAAUUCUGUAUCUUGCUACAGCUCCUCCGCAAGUGCACUCCUACAAAGCCUUGCCUGUGCAGCCCACCAGCGACCACAGGCCUGUGAGCCUGGCGUUCUCAAUCCCCCGGAAGCCGAUACAGCAGAGCCAACAAGCCAUCUCAACGUUCAAGAUUCGGGAGGACUGGAAACAGAGACGAGCUGCAGCACAACGAUACGAGCUAGCUGUCGGUCUUGGAGCAUACCUGACACUGACUGGUCAAGGGGAAGCCUUACUUGCUGGUACCAUCAUCGGCAUAGUUGGCGGCUACCUUGUGCUUUCUGCCUUGCUUGGUUCCACUUGA